AUGCCGGUGAUACUCUAUGCCGUGGGGCUUGCGCUGGCGGCGCUAGCCGUCCGCAUCUACCUCCUCGGUUCAAAGAAGGCCCUGAUCAAUUGGGUUGCAAACUCGUCGUUGUUUUACAUCAUGUACAAGAGACAGCUCGCCGCACACCAUGCGUCGCCCGAAUUUAACGUGACGUGCUUCGAGACAACGAUUCUCGACGGCGCCGCCACUGUCUUGACGAUCCCGUUCCUCCAAGACAACUUUGCGUACAUUCUGUUUGACCACGCCACCGGUGAAUGCGCUGCCGUGGAUGUCGCGGACCCCCAGGCCGUGCUCGACAUGUGGCGCGCAUUGGUCGCGCGCCGGUCGUCGCCGUCGUUGCCGUUGAACCUCAAGUACAUCCUCACGACGCACAAGCACUUCGACCACGCUGGGGGAAACCGCAAGCUGAAAGCCGUCUUGCCCAACGCGACCAUCGUUGGCGGCGUGCUCGACAACGUCCUCGGAUCCACCAAGCAAGCAUGGCACGGCGACAAACUCAACGUCGGCAGUCUCACCAUCGAGACACUCGCUGUGCCGUGUCACACAAUGGGCCACGUCGCAUACUAUGUAUCGACGGCAAAUCACACCGGGCAAGGGUGCGUUUUUACGGGGGACACGUUGUUCGUGGGCGGGACCGGGCGCUUUUUCGAAGGCAACGGCGACCAGAUGUAUCGCAACCUCUAUCAAGUCCUUGGAUCCCUCCCGCCGUCUACCCAGGUCUUUUGCGGCCACGAAUAUACGCUGAACAACCUCAGUUUUGCGUCGUACAUCGAGCCAGACAAUGUCGACGUGCAGGCCAAGGCAUGUGCCUUCUCCAGCGCCUCACGCGCCGUUCUUGACAUCGUCGUGGUGUCGUGUAGAUAG